AUGGGGGACAUGUCCAACAGCGAUUUCUACGCCAAGAACCAAAGAAAUGAGGGCGCCAACCACGCGGCAGGCUUCGGCUGCUCGCUCAUGGAACUGCGCUCGCUCAUGGAGCUGCGCGGCACCGAGGCGGUGGUCAAGCUUCAGGAGGACUACGGAGGCGUCGAGGGAUUGUGCAAACGACUGAAAACCUCACCCACGGAAGGACUCACAGGUGCCCAAGGCGACUUGGACAAAAGGAAAGAAGAAUUUGGGAAAAACCUGAUACCUCCAAAGAAGCCAAAAACCUUCCUUCAGCUGGUAUGGGAGGCCUUGCAGGACGUCACCCUCAUUAUCCUGGAGGUUGCUGCUCUCAUCUCGCUGGGCCUCUCCUUCUACCACCCGCCUGGAGAAGACACUGGAGAAUCUUGUGGCACAGUGAAAGGUGGCGCAGAGGACGAAGGUGAGGCAGAGGCGGGCUGGAUUGAGGGUGCUGCUAUCCUCCUGUCGGUGGUGUGCGUGGUCCUGGUGACCGCCUUCAAUGACUGGUCUAAGGAGAAGCAGUUCCGUGGGCUACAGAGCCGCAUCGAGCAAGAGCAGAAGUUCCAGGUGGUCCGCGGAAGCCAAGUCAUCCAGCUGCCAGUAUCAGACAUACUUGUUGGUGACAUCGCACAAAUUAAAUACGGUGAUUUGCUUCCUGCGGACGGAGUGUUGAUCCAAGGCAACGACUUAAAGAUUGAUGAGUCGUCGCUGACUGGAGAGUCUGAUCACGUGAAGAAGGCUGCAGACAAAGACCCCAUGUUGCUAUCUGGGACCCAUGUGAUGGAGGGCUCAGGGCGCAUGGUGGUGACCGCUGUGGGCGUCAACUCUCAGACUGGAAUCAUCUUCACCCUGCUCGGAGCUGGAGUAGAGGAAGAAGAGAAGAAAGAAAAGAAAGGUAAAAUGCAAGAUGGCAAUAUGGAGAGCAACCAGAUUAAAGUGAAAAAGCAGGACGGAGCGGCCGCAAUGGAGAUGCAGCCUCUUAAAAGUGCCGAGGGUGGGGAGGAGGAGAAGGAGCGGAAGAAGGUUUCCAUUCCCAAAAAAGAGAAGUCAGUGCUUCAAGGGAAGCUCACCAAGUUGGCCGUCCAGAUUGGCAAAGCAGGGUUGCUUAUGUCAGCCAUCACGGUUAUCAUCCUGGUGCUGUACUUUGCCAUCGACGCCUUCGUCAUCCAGAAGCGUCCUUGGCUGCCUGAGUGCACGCCCAUCUACAUCCAGUACUUUGUCAAGUUCUUCAUCAUCGGUGUGACCGUGUUGGUUGUCGCCGUACCCGAGGGUCUACCGCUGGCCGUCACCAUCUCUUUAGCCUACUCAGUCAAGAAAAUGAUGAAGGACAACAACCUGGUGCGGCAUCUGGACGCAUGCGAGACAAUGGGCAAUGCCACCGCCAUCUGCUCAGAUAAGACGGGCACACUCACCACCAACCGCAUGACAGCCGUGCAAUGCUACGUUGGCGACGUGCAUUACAAGGAGAUCCCAGAGCCGGGGGUCCUUCCUCCAAAAUCGCUGGACCUGCUCGUGAAUUCCAUCUCCAUCAACAGCGCCUACACCACUAAGAUACUGCCCCCGGAUAAGGAAGGAGGUCUGCCGAAACAGGUGGGCAACAAGACGGAAUGUGGCCUGCUGGGAUUGGUGCUGGACCUGAAGCGCGAUUACCAACCAAUCAGGAACCAGAUCCCUGAAGAGAAGCUCUACAAAGUGUACACUUUCAACUCAGUGCGGAAGUCCAUGAGCACUGUCGUCAAACUGCCUGAUGGGAGCUUCCGCAUGUACAGCAAGGGAGCAUCAGAGAUUGUCCUCAAAAAAUGCAACCACAUUCUGAAUGAGGUGGGUGAACCCCGGGUUUUUCGUCCACGAGACAAAGAUGAGAUGGUGAAGAAGGUGAUCGAGCCCAUGGCCUGCGACGGCCUGAGGACUAUCUGCGUGGCGUACCGCGAUUUCUCCAGCAACCCCGAACCCGACUGGGAUGACGAAAACAACAUCCUCAGCGAUCUCACGGCCAUUUGUGUCGUUGGGAUUGAAGACCCUGUCAGACCAGAGGUACCGGACGCCAUUCAAAAAUGCCAGCGCGCAGGCAUCACCGUGCGAAUGGUCACUGGGGAUAACAUAAAUACAGCGAGGGCCAUCGCCAUCAAAUGUGGCAUCAUCCAUCCUGGAGAGGACUUCCUCUGCAUUGAUGGCAAAGAGUUUAACAGGAGGAUCCGCAAUGAAAAAGGAGAGGUUGAGCAGGAGCGAAUCGAUAAGGUAUGGCCUAAACUGCGUGUCUUGGCCAGAUCCUCCCCCACUGACAAACACACACUUGUUAAAGGUAUUAUUGACAGCACCAUGGUAGAACAGAGGCAGGUGGUGGCAGUGACAGGCGACGGAACAAAUGAUGGGCCUGCUCUGAAGAAAGCUGAUGUCGGUUUCGCCAUGGGCAUCGCCGGCACUGAUGUAGCCAAGGAGGCCUCUGACAUCAUCCUGACCGACGACAACUUCAGCAGCAUCGUCAAGGCGGUGAUGUGGGGCCGCAACGUCUACGACAGCAUCUCCAAGUUUCUCCAGUUCCAGCUCACGGUCAACGUGGUCGCCGUCAUCGUUGCGUUCACGGGGGCUUGCAUCACACAAGACUCUCCACUGAAGGCAGUGCAAAUGCUUUGGGUCAACCUCAUCAUGGACACUUUCGCCUCGCUGGCCCUGGCUACUGAGCCCCCCACGGAGUCUCUACUCAGAAGGAAGCCUUACGGACGCAACAAGCCUCUCAUCUCCAGCACAAUGACAAAGAACAUUCUGGGACAUGGCGUCUAUCAGCUCAUCAUUAUCUUUCUCCUCCUCUUUAUCGGCGAGCAGAUCUUUGACAUCGACAGCGGUCGCAACGCACCCCUCCACGCACCACCCUCGGAGCACUACACCAUCAUCUUUAACACCUUCGUCAUGAUGCAGCUCUUUAACGAAAUUAACGCCCGGAAGAUACACGGCGAGCGUAAUGUCUUCGAGGGUAUCUUUAGGAACCCCAUCUUCUGCUCCAUUGUUUUUGGCACCUUUGCUGUGCAGAUAAUAAUUGUACAGUUUGGAGGGAAGCCAUUUAGCUGCCAACCUCUGGACCUGGAGAAAUGGAUGUGGUGUGUUUUCCUCGGCUUGGGAGAGCUCGUCUGGGGUCAGGUGAUUGCGACAAUCCCCAACAGCAAGCUGCGCUUCCUGCGGCGGGCCGGCCAGCUCAGCCAAAAAGACGAACUCCCGGAGGAGGACGUAAAUGAGGAGAACGAGGAGAUCGACCACGCUGAGAGGGAGCUAAGACGAGGGCAGAUUCUCUGGUUCCGAGGACUCAACCGCAUUCAGACUCAGAUCGAAGUAGUCAACACCUUCAAGAGUGGCACCUCCUUUCAGGGGGCGGGAGCUCUGAGACGCCAGUCGUCCACAACCAGCCAGAACCAGGAUAUCCGUGUCGUGAACGCAUUCCGCAGCUCCCUCUACGAAGGCCUGGAGAAGCCCGACUCUCGCACCUCCAUCCACAACUUCAUGACACAGCCCGAGUUUAGGAUAGAGGACUCCACGCCCAAUAUCCCGCUCAUCGACGACACGGACGACGACUCGGCUCGCCGGAGGGGGAAGUACUCCAGCCAGCCCUCGUCGCCCAACAAGAACAACAACGCUAUCGACAGCGGCAUAAACCUCACCAUCGACAUCAGUAAAUCAGCGGCCUCGUCCAGUCCCGCCAGCCCUUUGCACAGCUUGGAGACCAGCCUCUAA